AUGGCAGCACCAGGGGGGAACUUCUUUAUCCAAGAGAAGCUGAAGACUCCGGCAAAGCAUCAUGAGUCUUACGAACAGCUUUGGGAGACGAAGUGGAAGAAGCCUGCAGAGAUGGGCGUCUACCCCUUCAUGUUUGGUACAGCCUCCGAUUUUGAGCCGAUAGUAGAAGAGAUGAAAUCCAGAGACAUGAAAGAGCCCUACAACUGGGACGAAUACGCCAAAAUCUACUUCCCGCAAGCCGAGAAGCUCAAAUCGAUAGCCGAAGAGGCUGAGAAGAACGGCGAGAAAGAGAAGGCAUCAGAAUACUACCUCCGUUCCAGCGCUGUUUACCGCAUCAGCCGCUUCCCUGCGCCACGCAGCGAUGUUCAACGCGAAGCAUGGAAACUAGGCAAAGAAGUCUGCAUCAAGGGCCUAGGAAUGCGUCCGCAUCCUGUGCACGAAGUCAUGGUCCCACAUCAACAUCGCAAUCAAGACGAAGGAGAACACAUACCCGUUUACCACCUCGUCCCCGAAGGCGCCUCAAAAGAAAACCCGGUACCCACCGUCAUCAUUUUCACUGGCCUCGACGGCUACCGUACUGAGCUAGCCGUCUGGAUGGAAGGCUGGCGUCGUGUAGGCGUAGCCACUAUCGUUCUGGAGAUACCCGGUACUGGAGACUGUCCCGCUACCGCAUCGGACCCCACAUCCCCAGACCGUCUCUACAGUUCACUGUUCGACUGGAUAGCCACACAAGAGCGUCUUGAUGCAAAGAAAGUUGCCAUCUGGGCAUUUAGUACCGGCGGCUACUACGCCAUCCGCGUCGCUCACACACACGCAGAUCGUCUGGCUGGCGUCGUAGCAUUAGGAGGAGGCUGCCACUACAUGUUUGAGCGCGAAUGGCUCGACAAUGUAAAUCACCUCGAGUACCCCUUUGAUCUUGCCAACACACUCGCAUACAAAUGGGGUUACGGAAACGACGUCGAAGCCUUCAAAAAGGAAGCUAUGAACAAGUUCUCGUUGCUAAACGACGGCACGUUGGACAAGCAAACAUGUUCGAGAUUGCUGUUGGUGAAUGGAACUGAGGAUGAGAUUUUCCCAAUCGACGAUUAUUAUCUUGCGUUGCAACAUGGUGCGCCCAAGGAAGCGAGGUUUAUAACGGGUAUCAAGCACAUGGGAGAGCCGGAGAGCUUCUUUGUUAUCAUCAAAUGGCUGUAUAGGUUGUUUGGUAUUGAGGCCGAAGUAGGGGCACAGAUGUCGACGUUGCCCUUCAAGCCAAAGUACUAA